AGGAAGUCUGGCUCAUCCAUCGACACCCCAAGUCCCCUGAAGGGUUACCCGAGUCUGCCACCCAUCACCAGGCGCAGGUCUCAGGAACUGGCCUCCACAAUGACCGCUGUGACGUCAGUGAGGAAGCGCUCCCUGCCUGACAUGGUCCGUGUCCAGUCCCUGUACUCCCGCGUGUCCGAGUGGGACGGUACUCUUGACCCGGAUGUGGUCCUCAGAAUCCUCACCUCACAGCCUGAUAUAGACUAGGCAGUAAGCUGGACAUGAGCCUGUAUGGGCGCACAAGAAGACAAGUCCGCGGUCAGCUGUUCACCUGCCAACCGCCCCUGGCCGAGACCCUCCUCCUUGUCCGGACCAUGUGCCUGGACAUGUCAGAAGUGUCCAUGGCCCAGCUCGACCCAGAGCUGACCUACACACUGGGAGAGUUCAUGGACGACCAGGAGCACUACACGCGAGACGCCUACUCCAAGCUGGAGCGCAUCUACGUCAUCGUGAUGCACCUGACGUCACGCACGUGCUGGGAUGACGUAAUCGAGGCGGGCCUGGCGGCGGAGAGUGACGUCAGGAGGAAGUCGGCGCCAAAGAGGAUCAACGAGCUGAGGAAGAUGCAGAGGAUGAGGCAGGGAACCGGCCCCGGAGGUCUGGGAAGUCCCCGCCCCUAUACAGAUGACAUCCGCAUGGGCAGGUGGUGUGAUUGGCCGGAUCCUCGGUUACGUCACGAGAAGGGGGCGGAGCGAGCGGAGAGGUGUGGCCGUCUGUGUCGCUUCCUCUUCCUCGUGGAUUGUUUGGUCCGGGACGCCCUUCACGCUGUGUUGUCCAACUCUCUUCAGCGUGCUGAAAAGUACACCCAGCUGCAGAUAUCCACUUUUCCACCAGUUGACCAAAUCAGAGGAAUGGUCAGGGCUUACAUCAAUGACUUUGACCUCCCGGUAGGAGAGGACGAGAUUGAUGAUGGCGAUGGUAAUGAUGAUGACGAUGGCGAUGAUGAUAAUGAUAGACGUGGUGGUGGUGGUGGUGGUGGUACUGCCAAUAGAGAUGGUGGUUCAAACGACAAUGAAGAAAAUCGCAGACUAAAUGAACAAGGGGAAGGAGGUGGUGGAGGAGGAGGAGGAGGAGGUGGCAGACUGACUCGCUCUCAGGGAGGAGGGCCUGGAUCACUUCAGAUGGCACAACAAGGUGCAGCCAGGACCCAGGGAGUCGCGGUUUCCAACCCCGCCUCAGAUGCGCUCACUUCGACGUCGUCGCUGCUUUUUGCGCUUUUAGACGAUGACACGAGCUCUCCCAGCCAAUGGGCGUCGGCCGACAUGAGUUCAAGCUCCGCCCACCAGGCUUUUCCCACAGCAUCACGUGACAGACACAGCCAAUCCACGCUUCUCGACGUGGCCCACUUCCCCGAGGAGCCCGACCUCACUGACACCACCGACACACUAGACUCGACCACGGUGACGUCAUCCAGUGAGGAAGACUCCCAGCAGGUGACGUCAGGAGAAGGGCGGCAACAGUCUCGACCUGGAGCCAGAUUCCUCACUUUAGACGACCUUUUGUUUAUGGGACCGUCCUUCCCGGACCCUUCAGAGGCAGUGGGUCAUUCUGUCAUUCUGGGUGGCGGGCAACUGCUCCACCAGCAUCCUCCAGUCAGAGGUGAGAGUUCACAACACCCGGCGGCGGACAUGGACGCGGAUUGUGACGUCAUCACUGUCAUCGAGAGGGGUCAAGGUCAAAGUCAAGGUCAAUGUGGUAGCAAUGGCGUCCCCAUGCCGUCCGAUCUGAGCAUUACGUCUGAUGAGCCCUGCAGCAGCAGUACCGUCGUGGUGACGAUGACGCGUCAGGAUAGGUCACUUCCUGCAAGCAGUGUGGACGCCGUCAGUCAUACGUCAUCGACGUCCACUCUUACUCCGCACUCGGGCCAGGUGGUUACGUCAUCAUCGAUACCAGCAGGACCAGGAGGCUUGGUGGCUGGACGUGAGGGGAAGGUCGAUAGGCGGGACGUGUCGACUAGACAGGAUGAUGCCAGGAUAAAGGUAGUCGUAACUACUGAAAACAGCUGCUCUCGACCCGAGAAUGUUGGUCAUGGCGUCACACUAGGGACUCGAAGCGCUCCUAGGGGCAAGGACGAAAAGACAGAGGAAGUUAAUGGGAACUAUGGAGAACAGAAGAUAAAGACGGAAAGGAAUGGAGAAAAGAAAAGGGAGAAGAAGUUGGAGGAGAAGAAGAAAGAAAAUCAAAAAGAGAUAAAGACAGAGGCGGAAGAUGAGAAAGAGAAGAAAACAUUAGAGGAGAAUGAGGCCACUGCGCUCCCAGGUAUGUCAAUUUUACACGUAGGGUCAUCCAGUGAGCUACUCAGGAGUGCUGCAAGAAGCCGAGACAAUAUACGGGCGCACUCCACCCAUAUAGACGACAGUUACGCGGGAUCAGAAGCGAUGCAAAACUCCAGCACGGGAGAGAACGAGCAGAGCGAACACAAAGAAUCGCCCGGAGUGAUAUCAGUCACAGGCAACACAGUACUGUCAUCUCCAGCAUCUGCUGGCCAGUCUCCCAACUCACUAGAAGCGGGUUUGAAUCUCUCUCUCGGCCGCUUGUCCACGACCAGUUCCAGCUGCACCGUCCUGGAGACCCGCCUCUCAGAAGUGUUCGAGAACCUUCUCAAACAGGUCGUCGAACCGGUAGCGCGUCAUACUCCGGGCCCGGCAGCAGGGCAAAAGUUGGAAUCCCUGGAGUUCCCUGUCCUAGACGGCACGACGUGGCGUCCCGAGGACACACCAGGCUGUCUCAGCGUCCUAAUGACGCGGCACGGGAGUCCAGUGGACGUACCGCGGGAGAUGGCCAGCCCAGGUGGUGGGCACAGACGUGACCACCACGUCAGACAAAGUCCGGAGAACGUGACGUCACAGAGGGAACCAGCGGAAGGAGGAGACGAUGGGGAGUUUUCUUCUGAGGAGCUCACCGUACUUGAGAACAAGCUUCUCCAUCCCAAUACAGCAACAGUUUCUGCCACUUCAGAAAUCACCACAGUUGCCUCCUCGGAAGUUGACACUAGAACUUUUGAAGUCCACCUUAAAAAUGUAAAGGGGACGGCUUCUACCUCAGAGCUCAGUAAACCUUCCUCCAAAACGAAGGCUCAAAACUCACAGGAUGAUAUUCUACCAGUAAAAGAGAGCGAAAUGCUAAAAGAUAAAUCCUUAAACUUUGUGGAGAAGCAGAAUCAAACUCAGGUCGCCCGCAUGAGAGACACAACCACCACGACUACAAACAACGCCACUGUUUACCACACUUCUGAAACCGCCUCCACAGACAAUGAGUACAGCAUAAUGGCCCGGGGAUAUGUGGUCAACUCUAACUUGAAGCUGCCUAACUUCAAGUCAAACGCCCUGAGUGUCCCAGACAACUCGGCCGAGUACCCCGUAACCUCCUGUCUCAGCGACCACUCCCAGCUGAAUGUAGCCUUAGAGCGCCUGCACAACUCCGUGGACAGCUUUUUCGACCGCGGGUCUCCAGGGUUAGAAGCGGGUUCGCCUGCCGCCGCUGGUCGGGGAGCUACAAUGGAGAGUGGGGGAGUCUCCCCUUCUGGUGAGGCCAGCGAGGAGGACACGGACUCACCGACACACGACAUCUCCGAGGUCAAGGACAUGUCCAGCAUUGUGACUGUGUUUGGCGGUAACAUUUUCGGGAGUCCACCAAGCCCACAGUGCGCCAAUAAAGUCCAGCUGACUCCAAACGGCGUCUUACUCGGCAAAGGUGGAAAGAGGCACAAGCGUUUGCCUACGCUGACGACCAACAAAACUCCUGCCAGGGGCGAAGGUCAGAGUCACUGUCAUGGUCAAGGCUUUGAGGUAUCGAAGCAGUCUCCGCAAGCCUGUAGACUGGACCUAAAACGAGACUCCAGGCAGCUUGGCCAGGUUGGACCUCAACAGAUUGAACUGGUCAAGAUACACCAUCGGGAUCUCACCGAGGUCCUUCUUCAAAACGCUCGCGAUGACCAAUCUGAGGCCACCAUAUCGGAACGCACUCUACGGUCUCUUGCAACAAGCACAGCUGAAGCGGUAGACGUCAUCUCAGAGCGUUCUGGCACGAGGAAUAUACAGGUGUUGGCCAGCGGUUUGCCCGAUGAUGAAAACCCUAGUCGAGAAGACAGCGGUGGUCAAUCUAACACAGAGUCCGAAAUCACCUGGGUCUCUGCUUUCGAUGACAUGGAGACUGACCACAAAAUUAGACAUGAGGUAUCUCAUACAAAAUCUGAGGGGUCAGCCGCCCUGGAGGAGGAGCCACGCCCACCGGAGAGGUCAGGGAGUGACCAAGGGUCAGCUGGAGGGUCAACAGACGGUGCGGGGCAACAGGGAGAACGUAAGGAAGGAGAAGGGCCUGAUAGCAACGAAGACAUCGGACGGAACGAUGGUGGUGGUGGUGGUGGUGGAGGAGGAGGAGGAGGAGGAGGUGGUGGUUCCCCGCCUGGUAUUGAAGCAGUGCCACCAAACAUCAAACCAAUGUUCCAUAUUGCUCUCGUGAUGGGAAACGAUGCACCAGUUUACACGCCAGAUGUGUACGAUUUCACGGCCUCCGCUUUCAACAUGAUACACGACCUUGAGGAGCAAGUACUCCUGUUCCCCACCCUGACCUCAAGCGCCCCCUUCCGGCCGUUCCUGGAGCAAGCGGUGACAGACACACUGGGUGGCGGUCAGUCUGGGGGUCAGCAAGGUCAGUCCGGAAGUCAGUCCGGAGGUCAGACGGGUCAGAGGCCAAGCUGGGGGAGAGGAGCCAGGCUGGAAGUGGCCCUCAGAAACGAUUCCCAGCUCGUCAAUACAAAGAACAGCCUGUACAGUAGCAUUGACCGGAUGUUCCAGCUGGCGGGCGUGUACCGGCGAGAGAUGACCGCAGUGUACAAGAAGUAUUUCCUACUGGCAGAUUCCUUGCUACAGGGUACCGAGGUCGGCCAUUUUUGUAGGCGUCUACGGAGACAUGACGCACAGCUGAAAGUAGUGUCUCGUGUGCCGGACAGUGAGCGUCUGGGCGUGUUCCUGGUGGAUGUGUCGCCCUUCAAGGAACACCUCCGCAUUACGGCACAGAGCGGACUGAACAGGACAUACGCACAGAUGAAUGGGCAGAUGGCGGGGAGGAUACAGCGGUUGUUGACGAGCCUGGACAACCUCUAUGAAGUACUCAAGAGCCGACCCUCGGUCACUGACGCCCUGUUCCGCCUCCUGCGUACCUCGGACAACAUACACCCCAUCCUGGCGGAUCUGGAGCACAACGAGAUAGGCCAGAUAGCAGCCUUCUAUGACGUCAUCGACAGUUUCGACGUGCCUCACUCGACAAGCGAGCGCCAGGUGUUUGAGAGUUGUCACAACCAGGUGCACAGUGUCCGGAGAGCUGCCCAGGAGGCACAGGCCAUACGACGUCACGUGGUGCAACAGCUGGACGUUUGCCUGGCCCGGGACGUCAGGUGGAUUGAAGCUCAGAUGGACAUCAUGCUGAGGUGGUUGAACUUCAUCAUCGAGUUCCGCGGUCACGUGAUCCGCCCCCGCCAUUGGCGACAGAUCGAGGUGGUGCUGGGGGUGGAGUUUGGGGCGGAGCUUCCUCUCACACUGGCCAGUCUCAUGUCACUCAACGCCGUGGCGAAGCAGAAACAGCUGCACGGUCUGCUGAACAAAGCCAGGGCCGAGGCCAACGUGCAGGCCGAGUACGACGAGGCCAAGCGACAGUGCCAGGAUCUGACCAUCCCCGUGCAGACGUCAGACAAGGUGCUGGUCAACGGGGAGGAGGCGGUGUCCGUCUGUCUCUUGGGGGAGACCUUUGAGACGGAGGAGGGCCUGAACUACUGUGUGAUGGAGAUGGAGCGCAUCGACCUCUCCCCUCACGCCGGCUUCCUGCACACAGAGCUGGAGGACUUUGUCCACACCGUCUUCGAGAUGUUGGAGAACCUGGUCAACAUGUCCGAGAUGCAGCUCAAACUGACCAGGACUCACCACGAUGCCCUGAACGACAUCUACCGGGCCAUGAAGAGAGACAUCGACAGUCGAGGCGGCACGGACAACGCACGCGAGAACAUGGGGCUCUGGGUGGUCAUGUGACCUGUGGGCGUGUCGUGUGGCCUAAAUGAGGGUCGUGUGGUUCUGAACCACCGUUAAUUCAAUUUCUAUGUUAUUGUUUGUAGGCUACUUUCUCCCCUACCCUUGCCCUUUGCCUAAUUCUAUCUCACCAGGAAACCGCACGACCCUCAUUUAUUACGCCUCCUGGUGUUUUUGGCAUCAGUGUCAUUUGGUGUAAAUACUGAUAAUGUGGUAUGUUAGUGCGCAUGUGAUCUUUGGCCUUGUCAUCCGGUCAAAUAUUGGGUCAUGUGAUCUUUGGGGCGUGUCACCUGGUCAAAUAUUGGGUCUUGUGAUCUUUGGGCGUGUCACCUGGUCAAAUAUUGGGUCAUGUGAUCUUUGGGCGUGUCACCUGGUCAAAUAUUGGGUCAUGUGGUCUUUGGGCGUGUCACCUGGUCAAAUAUUGGGUCAUGUGAUCUUUGGGCGUGUCACCUUGUCAAAUAUUGGGUCAUGUGAUCUUUGGGCGUGCGUUUCACCAGGUCAAAUAUUGGGUCUUGUGAUAUUUUACCGUGUUACGUCGUUGUGCUUUCUGCGGGGGAGUUAAAAGGUUUAUUGGCAGGUCACGUGGUACAAAAACGAAACUUGUGAUAUACCAGCAUGUCACGUGGUCUUAUGUUGUCUUAUCUGUCGAUGUGUCAGUUGUUUUCACAUUGAAGGCUCUCUAUUAUUUAAAAAUGUUUUGCUUUAGUAACUGUUUUACUGCACUUGCAGUAGUUUGUUUUUUGUGUAUGUCAAUUUGUCACUAGAUCUAUUUGUAAUAGCAUCCACAAAAUCGGCGUCUAUGAUGUAAUGGUUCUGCUCUUUCUUGGUUGUUGCAUGCAAAAGACAUGAGUUCGAUUCCCGAGCGGGGACUUUAUUUUUUUUUCCUUCUUUCAUCGAUCCAU